UCAAAAAGUCAGAUGCAUGCGCCGAAUUAGCGCAACUCUUUUGAGUUCUGUAUGUGCAAUUUGUAUCGUUCAUCAUGCCGAUCGUUUGCUCUGCAGGAGGAUGCACGAAUCGUUUUAUAAAAGGCUCGGAAAUUCGUUUCUAUCGGUUCCCGAUCAGUAAGCCUCAGCUGGCCGAGCAGUGGGUGCGGAGUCUCAACCGCAAGACCUUUAUCCCCACCACCAACUCCUGCCUCUGCUCCGAGCACUUCCAGCCGGACUGUUUCCGGGACUACAACGGCAAGCCUUUCCUGCGAGAGGAUGCCAUUCCAACCAUCUUCAGCUCCAACAAGCAGAUCGAGCUGCGCCGUAACCGUGGGCAACCGGGCGAACUGACCCGGCUGGGCCUGACGCAGGACAAACCCCGACUCCGCAUUCAGGAGAAGCGCCAGUCCAGCAAAGAUGCAAGAGGGAGAAUGCUGGACAAGAAGGAGAGGAGGAGAGGCAAGAUGGCCGACAGGCAGACGGCGACGGGGAAGAGUAAAGUGUACGACAGCCGGGGGCUGCUGAUCUCGUGCGGGCGCGACCUGUGCGACUGCCUGGACGGCGACUGCAUGGGCUGCUUCUACCCGUGCCCCGACUGCGGCUCGCGCAAGUGCGGCGUCGAGUGCCGCUGCGACCGCAAGUGGCUCUACGAGCAGGUGGAGGUGGAGGGCGGAGAGAUCAUCCGCAACAAGUUCGCCUGCUAGCCACACACCACACACACACACACACACACACCACACACACACCACACACACACACCACACACACACACACCACACACACACCACACACACACCACACACACACUCACCACACACACACUCACCACACACACACCACACACACACCACACACACACACCACACACACACACCACACACACACACCACACACACACACCACACACACACACCACACACACACCACACACACACACACACACACCCACCACAAACACACCACACACACACACGCACACACACACCACACACACACACGCACACACGCACACACGCACACACACACCACACACACACCACACACACACACCACAAACACCACACACACACACGCACACACACACACACCACACACACCAUACACACACACACCACACAAACCACAAACACCACACACACACUGCCCAUUGGUGCUGCUAGAAGGAAUAGGAAUAAGAGGAGGAGGAUGUAGGAGAGUGGAGGAAGGCGUUCACCUUCACACCCACAAACACCACACACACACACACACACACACACACACACUCCAUUGGUGGUGCUGUAGGGGAUAGGAGUAAGAGGAGGAGGAUGUAGAGGUAGGGUGGAGGAAAGAGAUCACCUCCUAGCCACACACACACACACACACACACACACACACACACACACACACACACACACAUCAUUGGUUGGGGAGGACAGGUGAGUUGGAGAAGGACUGUGUUAACACCUGUAAUGCCAAGAUGAGCAAGAGGAGACUGAAAAGGGGAGGAAGAGGAAGAAAGAGGAAGAAUGCGCGCUCUCUCUAACAGGACAGGCUGCUGGCCACCCGCGAGUGAGGAGGAGGAGCGGCGGCAGUGGAGAGGAAGAGUUGGGACAGUGGACUACGUCGCGCAUACAGUAACUAGCAACACUUGUUGACCGCCCGCAUUUUCUUUUCCAUCAUGAGUUUUCAGAAUGGUUCAGACGGUUCGUUUUCUUGUUUCUAUCUUGUUGUGAAUAUUGACGUUCAGUGUUCUUGUUCUGUGCCAGAGGCCUUUGUAUAUUAUUUUUGUGUGUAAUUAAAUUCAUUUUUUUGAUAUAA